AUGUCCUCCCAUGGGACUGAUGAAGAGACGAAGUAUCUACUGGGUAAUGCGGAUACACGUGAGAGCGACCGACUAGAUAAACAGCACAGGAUCAUCCAGGACCUUGUUGGUCCUCUUCUUCCGGAGGAUCUCAAGCUGCGAAAAAAUUAUCAUGUCCUCGAUUCAGGAGCGGGUACCGGUGCAUGGGCACUCGAGCUACACUCGACGCUCAACCCACAGACGUACGUCUUCAUCACAGGCAUCGACAUCAAUUCUCGAUUCUUUCCGGCCAGCCCGUCACCAAACGUCAACUUUGUCGUCCACUCAAUCAUGGUCCUCCCUCCCGCCUGGACCGAGCGUUUCCGGUUUAUUCACCAGCGGUUCCUGAGCGCCGCUCUGUCGUUUGCCGACUGGAGGAUCGUCUUCGAUCAAAUGCAUCGUGCACUGCUCCCGAAGGGCUGGGUCAGGGUGGAAGAAUUUAGUGCCACAUUGUGCCCUACGAACGUCUCCGCCCAAAAGCUGCCUUACAGCCAUCAGCUGCUGGAUUACGCCGGGAAAUUCGCCAAGAAGGCGCCUCUUCGUAUGGGCCCCGGCGACGAGUACAGGGGGAUGCGGGCCAAUUUUACUAAUAUCUGGCUGUAUAUACGGGACAGCAUGAAAGGCCAUCCUGGCGCAAUGACCGAUGCAGACUUCGAAUCGUUAAUGGCGAAUCUAAGCAAGGAGCUGGAGGAGAACGACGUCGGCUGGAACCUGCACAUUGUCACUGCUCGUAAGCCGGGAAUCGCACGUCAUUGA